AUGGAAACUUUAGACAGCGCGAUAGAAUUCGAACAAGUAUUUUGUUACAAGUGUCCUAAUUGCGAAUUUGUUAGUCAAUUAAAACACAUAGUUGCGGAACAUCUGAAAAAAGAACAUCAAAUUGGCAUUACCAAUAUUUCGGAGGAGGUAACAACUGAAUCGUCAGAUUUUCUGUUAGACGAAUGUGAUGAAGAACCCAAUCAAAUCAGUGAUAAUGAAACUGUCAAUACUGGAGAUGCUGUAUUCAGUAGUUCAACUGCUUCCCCAAAAGGAUUUACAUGUAAUAUACCUGGCUGUAGUGUCCGACUGGAGGAGGAAUGUAAUGCACAGUAUCAUGCCAAAUGUCAUUACGAGAGCAGCUUCAAGUGUCCAGAAUGUGAUGAGAUGAAAUCUUCUUGGAAAGUGAUGGUCAUGCAUUUAUGGAAGAGUCACUCGGUAAAUCUUGAAUUGUUAAGUUGUCAUCUGUGUGGGUACAGAACAGGGAAGAAAGAACUGCUCAAGUUUCACGUCAAGACUCACAGUGAUCAGCGAACUUGUCUGUGUGAUGAGUGUGGCAAGGGUUUCAAGAAUAUGAAGCAACUUCGAAACCACAAAGAACUACAUUCACUCAACAAAGGGUCGAGUGAACAACAGCUAAAGAACAAAUGCCCAGACUGUGGACAAAUCUUAAGCAGCAGCAGGUUGUUGCGUGCCCACCGUAACGCCGUCCAUCUCAAAAUGCGAUCUCACCUCUGCAGCUACUGCGGCUACAACACAACGUCGCAGUCGAAUCUACGAAUUCAUUUACGGCAGCACACAAAUGAGAAGCCGUUCGCGUGCGACAGCUGUGCUUAUCGGACGGCAGAUCACAAUUCCCUCCGACGUCACAGAAUGAAGCAUACGGGAGAGAAGCAGUACAAGUGUCCACAUUGUCCUUACGCUUCGAUUCAGUCGUCAACCUACAAAGCGCAUCUGAGAAACAAACAUCCGGGAUUGAGCGACGAACUCAUUUUUUCAUGUCCGAUUUGCAGUUUUCGCACAAUUAGAAAAGAGCAGCUCAAUCUGCAUGUCACUUCGGCACACGAAAGUCAAAAUGGGUCUUCAGAGAAGGCUCUACCGUUAGCGGUGUGAAAGUGAAAUCACAUUCCCUUUUCUGCUUCGUUAAUUCACAUUAAUACUCCGCUACCUUAGAAGCCAAUCAACGUCAAACGUUGUGUUAUUUGGAUAUUAGUUAAUUUCAAGUGCCGUUUUCCUGUAGCUCAUUAAAUCAUUUUCAUAGUUAUACCCCAUCUGUUGUCAAAACAAAGUCUUCAGCACAUGGGUACUUUUACGGAGCGAUGGUUGUAAUUGAGGUAAAAAUAAUAAAAUAUGUCGAUUAAUGCAAAGAAAA